CGCUCGACGGUUAUAAUGAAGUUUCGUGCUGUUAUGAUAGACGCCGGCCCUAUGAGAGAAUUUACAAACAUUGCAACAACAAUAUCAAAACUGUCCAAGGAAUGUGUACUCAGGUUGUCCACAGAUCAAUUAUAUUUUCUCGUUUGUGAUGAUGUUGGUCCGUCUGCACCUGUAUUAUGGUGUGAAAUACCACAAGCAUUGUUCUUCUCGGAGUACCAAAUUGUAGGCCUUGAUGAUGAACAUCAUGAUAUAUAUUUAGCAAUUGUUUCAGCAAAUUUAUCCAAAUCAUUAAUUACAUUGAAAACUGCCAAAAGCCUGAAAAUAAAACUUACAAAGAAGCAAUGUCCAUGUCUUACUUUGGAAAUUGAAAUGCCAUCAUCAACUUCACAAGAGACUCGUCAGGUGACUCAUGACAUCCCCGUGGUGGUGGUACCGAGGAAGCUGUGGGAUGACUUCCAGGAGCCGAGGAUACCCCAGCCCGAUAUAUCAAUAGAGUUACCACCGCUGAAGCAAUUACGAACAACAAUUGACCGCAUGAGGACUAUGUCAUCGGAGGUGGUGUUGAGGGCUUCUGCUGAGGGCAGGUUCACUCUACAGAUCAAAACAGACAUGGCUAAAGUCUCAACUAGAUUUAAGGAUUUACGGGUUGAAGCUUUUGAAGGUCCAAUAGAUCAUUCAGAUUCAGAAACUGAGAGCCAAAUAAAUGAAGAUUUAUCAAGAAUAUGCUACUGUCGAGUAGAUGCAAAGAAACUAUCAAUGUUUUUAAGCGCAGACCACAUUUCACAUCAGCGAACAGUUUGCAGUAUAGUAAAUAAGAAACUUGUUGUAUUAUGCCUGUAUACACAGGAGAAUGUUAAGUUGCAGUGUUUUAUAAUGGGAAUACAGUACUAGGACCUAAGUAUUAUUGUACAAUACUACUGUAUUGAAAUUUGGAUUAUCUAUAAUGGGACCAUAUUGCUAAGAUUGAGAGUCAGUCUAUCUAUAAAAACAUGAUGAAUUUCUGUAGCUGCCAUAAGAAACACUAGAUAAUAAAAUAACCAUAAUUCCAUCGCCGAUGGUUCAACUGGUUCUGGGUUGUUUUUUAUAAAAGGUAUGAAUCUUUAAAAUAUUGAUAUCAACGGCCAGCGGGACUUUUAUAGCAUGUAGGAUUAUAGUCGCUCAUAUUGAGUUUUUUUUCCAUUUAGAUCGAAACAAAUUAGAAUGUUGUAUAAUUAUAGAAUAUUUAUUAUUUAUAAGUGAAAAGAACUGCCAUAUCAAUCAAAAGUUAGAAAAAAAGGCAAAAGCAAACUUUAAAGACUAUCGAGCGCAAAAUUAGUCGCGCUAAGUUUACUAUUUAUUUAUUAAAA